UGAUUAAUACUAAUCAGUCAUAUCGAUCCGCUGGGACCGACAGGCUGCAGCGUUCCCGCUGAUUUCGGGGAUUUCGGAGGGAUUUCACAGAGAGAGACUCAUGGCCACAGCAGACACGAAGCUGGGAGGGUCUGAAGAGUCGAGUUUGCAGUCCGAGGAGUCGGUGAGGAGGUCAGAGGAGUCCAGGCUGGGGUCAGAGGAGUGCAGGAUGAAGUCGUCCUGGGAGUCGGAGCUGACCUGCAUCAAGCACUCCCUGAAGUUCGUGUUGAAGCUGAAGGAGGAGUUUGUUUGUCCCAUCUGCAGAGGAGUCGUUCUCAACCCCCAGCAGAACUCCUGUGGACACAUCUACUGCUUCCACUGCCUCCAAGGACUACUGGAGAGUUCAUCACCGUCCAGCCCAGUUUGUCCAGUGGACAGAGCUGUGAUCACACCAGCUGAGGUUUUCCAGGAUAACUGCUGCAAACGAGAAAUCUCCAGUUUAGAAGUGUUCUGCACAAACUCCCCAGAAUGCACCUCUGUCACCACGUUAAACCACCUGCAGGAGCACCUGAGGUCGUGUCAGUACGAGCAGCUGCAGUGCACCAAUUCAGGCUGCAGGGCGUUGCUACAGAGGAGAUACCUGCAGGAACACCUGACCGACGACUGUCCUCACCGCAUGGAGCCCUGCCCACACUGCAGGCAACCGCACUGCCUCAGCCUUAUCCAGGAUCAUGUGCAGAGCUCGUGUCCAGAUGUGGAGGUGGACUGUCCCAACAGCUGCUCCCAGAAGGUUCCCAGACACAAGCUGACGGAGCACGGAGAGUCGUGUCCUGAGGUUCAGGUCGAAUGUUCCUAUAAGAAGUUCGGCUGCCCUGUACAGGAUAAACGAGGGAAAGUGAAACUGCACGAAGAUGCUGCUGUCAAUCAUCACAUACUGCUGGUGCUGAGGAGUAACACCAACCUGGAACAACAGGUGGGGGUUCUCCAGGAGGAGGCGCUGCUGAGGCAGCAGGAGGUCCAGACAGACAAUUUACUGCUCACUGAUCUGCAGAAGAAAAUCAGACCGCUGCUGCAGCAGAGCAGCUGCCACGAACACGUCAUCUCUACAGCUCAGAGGAGUUUGAGCCGGCAGGAGGACGUCCUGUCCACCGUCCAGCUGGAAGUCAAGCAGGUGUCUCGGGGACUUCCUGGUCUGGAGGAGCUGGAGCAGCUUAGAAAGUCUCUGGACGCUGUGAUGCAGGAGGUGUCUGGAGCCGAGGCCCUCAGAGAACACCUGGGAACUCUGGAGGAGAAUCUGAGGCAUCACUCGGGUCUCCUGGACCUCCACGCCUCUCAGCUCAGUCGCAACAAGCAGCGCCUUCGGGAGCUCGAGGCCACGUCCUACGACGGGAAACUGAUCUGGAAGAUCCAGGACUUCAAAAAAAGGAAGGAAGAAGAGGCCAAAGGUCAGCUGCCUUGCCUGAGCAGCAUGCCGUUCCACACCGGACGCUGCGGCUACAAAAUGGCCAUCAAAGCCUAUCUGAACGGGGAUGGCGAGGGAAGAGGGACUCACCUCUCCCUUUAUGUGGUCCUGAUGCCGGGAGACUUCGACGCCCUGCUGCCGUGGCCGUUCAGACAGACCGUGUCUCUGUCUAUUCUGGAUCAAAGCGGCACCGGUAACCACCGAAGUCUCAGCUUCAGACCCGACCCAACAUCCAAGAGCUACCAGCAACCUGACGCUGAGUCCGUGAGCAACGUCGCUGUCGGGUUUUCGUGCUUCAUUCCUCUGAACAAGCUGGAAAUGCCUCAGAAUGCCGUGUACGUCAAAGACGACACGCUGUUUGUCAAAGUGAAGGUGGAUAUGGCAGGUUUAGAGUCCCUGUAAGAUUUCUUCUAACUGAUUUAAAUAAUUACUUUGGCACCAUCUGGUGGUCGUUGGGAACGACACAGUGGAAGACGACAACGCAUCACUGCACUGUGUGUGCAUACUCUAAAGAGUAUACCAAGAAAUUUAAACACAAAAAAACUCAACACCUAGUAAUUAAAGGAAUAGUUCAACAUUAGAAAAUACCAAUUUCUUGCUGGGAGUAAGUGUCUGUUAAAUAUAAAGCCUUUAUUUCAGUCUUGGAAGGACAUGGAUGCUGAACUUGUGCUUUAAGCUUCAGGAUCAUCACCGAUCGUCUGAUGGAGGUUUGACUCAUAAACACGAAAUCUGACAAAGACUGAAUUAAUAAUGUUUUUUAUUAUUGAUCUCAAGAUCACAACUUUUUUAUCUGAUUAACAGAUAAUAACUAUUUGAGCUCAGACCAAGUUAUUAAAGUCUGUUAUCCUGAGAUCAGGAUUUAAUGAUCAGGUUAUCUGUAGAUAUUUAUCAGCUUAGUAUUGAUCGGGACUUCAGGAAUAAGUCUUUAUCUCAGGAUAACAGCCUGUUUCAUCAUGGACUCGUCUCUCUCAGCCUGGAGACAAAGAUGAGACCCAUAAAUAAAUUAUCAAAAAAUGUUUGCACCAGAUUUGUUAUCUGAAAUAAAUGAGGUAACGAAGUUGUGAUCAAAAGAAUAACAGGUUGAAAACAACCACAAGCUGCUGCCAUUUUUUUUUUUUAGAGGACCCGCAGGAAGCUAUUUCUAGAUAAAGUCGCAGCCACUGCAACACUGUACUGUACUACUGUAGACGGAUAUGACUGUUCAUUAUUGUUCAGGGUGUCUUAAUUCUGCAGCUAAAGAUAAAAUGUGAGGACAAUAGAAAAGAUGAGGGGUUUCAUAAAGUUUGGGAACUUUAAGAUCUCCACUGGAAUUUAAAACAGGGAUGUGUGAGUUUGUAAAGGUGGAGCCACGUUUGGGUUCAGCAGAAAUCAAUGUGUCUGUAAGAUCCGAUUAAAAUACACAAGUAACAUUGAUAUGGAAGAUGAAAGGCUGCUAUUCAUAACAGUGUUGAAUUUAGAUAGUUUCAGAUGUCUCAUACAGCAGCUGCUGUCAGGUUCAGGUUAGUGUGGUUUCAUAUUCUUCAAUUAAAACUCAAUCAUA